AUGAAUGCGAAGGGCGAGAGAGUCUUCCACUAUCUCUCCACCUUCGCCCUCUUGGUUGGCGCCAUAACCUACUACUCCCAGGCAUCCGAUCUUGGCUGGAGUGCCGUUGAGAAAAUCGAUCAUCUCGGCAAUGGCGUUAUCCGCCAGAUGUUCUACGCCAAAUUUAUAAACUGGGUCGUUGCUUUCCCAUCCCUCGCACUCGGCCUUGGUCUUAUAUCAGGUGUUUCCUGGACUACUAUCUUCUGCAUUAUCGCUAUCGCCUGGUAUUGGGUUAUAAGCUACCUUGUAUCGGCCUACACGUGGGGGCUCUUCACCUUCGGCACUCUCUUGUGGCUCAUUCUCGCCAUGAGCGCUAUCAACGAGAGUCGUGAGGCUGCUGCUUUGCUUGGUAUUGAGCGGGACUAUAUUUUCCUUGCUGGGUGGUCGAAUCUAUUAUGGCUGCUGUAUCUCAUCCGAUGGCCUUUGUCUUUGCAAAGUCUUUACAAGGGGAGAACUCCUUGUCAAAGUGACCUCUGGAAGCACCUGACUUCGCGUCACGCGUCUCGGCCUGAGGCGAAAAUCGGCCAAUUGUUGUCCGCCGACCCUUUGAACAAUUGA